AGUCGCGAAUUACUGAGUUCACUCUCUUGCGUUGUAGUAAUUCACUAGAGAUGCAAUUGAUUUUGAUUGCUUCAGUACUGUUGGCCGCAGUUGCCACUGCUGAUAAAGUUUUUGUAGAAACAACCCUUGGUCUUCUCGAAGGGCAUACCGUUUCACUUUCAAGUGGGGUGAAAGUAAACAGUUUCCUUGGAUUCAACUUUGCUAAGCCUCCUGUUGGUCCUCUUCGUUUUAAGCCUCCAGAAGUUCCCGAAAGACAAUCCCUUAUUGUUGCAGACACUCUCGGAGCAGCCUGUCCUCAGGGGCGCACAGGGGUUAUUCUCUUAACUCAUCCCUUAUGGGAUAGAUUCAGCGAAGAUUGCUUGAACAUGAAUGUCUAUUCACCAAACGCAACUAACACCGAAAAAUUACCCGUUUUUGUUUGGUUCCACGGUGGCGGUUACGGUGGAGGUGCAAACAUCCAAUACCCAGGUCACUUUUUGGCAGCUAAGGGCACUGUCGUAGUAGUUCCAAACUACCGUGUUGGAGCUCUAGGUUUCAUGUCCACAAAAGGCCCAAAUGCUGCCGCUACUGGCAAUUACGGUCUUAUGGACCAAAGGUUAGCCCUUCAAUGGGUUCAAGAUAAUAUCGAAAACUUCGGUGGUGACAAAGACAAAGUCACAAUCUUCGGUCAAAGCGCUGGUGCUAGCAGUGCAGGUCUUCUUACGUUAGCUCCAUCCACCAAAAACCUGUUUGCGCAAGCAAUCCUAGAGAGUGGAGCUGAUCUUAAUAUCUGGGCCUAUAACGAAGAUCUUCAGAAACCAUGGACAUACACAGCCGAAGUUGCCAAAAAAUUGAACUGUACUAGGCCUAAUGAUCAAGAAAUGAUGGACUGUCUCAGAACUAUUGACGCAGAUGUACUACGCCAAAAUCAAGGAUUUACUUGUACACCUGGAUUUUAUUGUCUCGGUUUCACUCCCGUCGUCGAUGGUGAAUUUAUCCCUAAAGAUCCCUAUGAAAUAAGAGAGAGUGGCGAAGCAAAGAAAUGCCCCAUGAUCGUUGGUCAAACAACCGAGGAUGGUUCUCUCUAUACCGCUUCACUUGUUCCCGUUGCCAAUGACGGACCAAUGAAUAUGACUGUUUGGAUUAGAGAAAUGAGAAAACUUACCGAGAGAUUCUCUGUUGCUUUCCCCAACAGAAGCGAAGAUGCUGUUAAACUUCAACAAUGGUAUUAUAGAAACUGGGACGAACCUGAAGACGAAGAAGCCAACAGACAAAAAUUUAAUGAGAUUAGUACCGAUUUUGGGUGGGGCUUUACUCAAGAUUACCAAGCAAGAAUUAUCAGCAAAGAUUCAGAUAUCUUUAUGUUUCUUUUGGGCUAUAGAAGCGACAAUAGUUACGACACUCUCCCCGCUUGGUUAGGCGUAAUGCACAACGCUGAACUUCCAUACGUCUGGGGUUAUACUUACCUAAAUGAAAACCCAGAAGUUCAAGAAGAUCAAGAAUUCUUUUUCGAUAUUGUUGCAUGGAACGAUUUGGAUGAUAAAUAUUCCGACUACUUUCAAGAACUAUGGAUUAACUUUGCAAAAACUGGAAACCCAACUCCAACACCUGUAAAACCUCCAUCCGAUCAACCAGAAACUAAUUGGACUGGAUAUAAAGAAACAGAGAAAAACUAUCUUUACAUCGGAAAGAAUGAUAUUAAUAUGAAAAAGAACUAUAGACAAUUGAGCUUCGCCUAUUGGAGGCAUCUAAUGCCAAUGUUGGCAAACUCAGAUUCAAGUAAAGGAGGUAGAAAUGGAAUUCCAAGCCAACAACAACUAGUCGACAAGAUGUACGCUGAAAUGUAUGAAAAUUCUCUUAAACUUAGAAGCGACAAAAGUCCAUUUAAAAGAAAUCCUAAAAUGAAACCGGCAAUGUUUCCACACAAGAAUUAA